CACGUGGUUAGAUAACAGACAAAAUACGGAUAAGAUCAAUUAAUAUUACAGGUGACACGCCUGAAAAUUCAUAUGUGCACGUAAAACUAAAAUUGAAGGGACAUGGAAGUUAUUUUGAAGUUUGGAAUCGUGUUAACAUUGCUAAUAUCAUUGUCCCAAAAAGGAUUGUCACAGACACAACCACCACGGUUUGACAAAUCUCCUUCUCUUUUGUCAUUUUAUGAGGGAUGUUCAAAUAGAACUCUGGCCAAUAUAACCGCUCGGGGUUCAAAUGGAGUUAUUACAAUAUCUGCUAAUGACGAUGCUACACGUGCUAAAGUAGCCAUUGUAGACGCAGGGCAAACCGCCACUGGUGGUAGUUAUAGUACAACGAUACAAAUUAAACAGAAAGCAUGUAUGGACAGAGAGACGGAACCUACAUGGUAUUUACAGUUAUUGGCUACGGAUACUUCAGGUUUACAGACCUUCGAAGCCUUGCAAAUCUAUGUUCUAGAUGUAAACGACGAAAAACCUUCAUUUUCAUCAAAACUAUUCCAGAAAACUGUACUUGAGAACGCAAAGAAAUCAACAGAGGUGAUACAUGUUACAGCUACAGAUCCGGACAACGGUGUAGGCGGAGUGGUUACAUAUUCAAUUGUAAUUAUACUGUAUACAAGUGAUGAUUCUUAA